CACAAACCAACUUCAAUCUCAUUUUCCACGAUAAAAAUGGCCUCCAUCUUCGAGCACUCCAGCCCAGCCAGAGCGCUGUGGCGGACCUGCCUGGCCUCGGCCUUCCGUUCCGCCCUCGCCUGCACCUUAGUGGGCUUUACCACCCUUUAUGGGCCGGCCUCUCUCCGACGACAAGUGGCUUUCCCAGCAUUUUCCUACGUCACCGUCAUUCUCGUCAUCACUGAUGCGACGCUCGGCGACACAUUGCGGGGCUGCUGGCUUGCGCUUUACGCCACAGUCCAGAGCCUCGGCCCCGCCAUGUUGAGCCUUUGGUUGAUCGGACCGGCUCGGUUGUCCAGCAGCACCACAGCUACUGCGGUGGCGCUGGGUUCAUUUGUGGUGGCGAUGCCGGAGAGAACGCACUUGGUUGCUAAACGAAUAGCUUUGGGACAGAUUGUAGUAGUGUAUGUGCUAGCAUUUAUCAAUGGCGUCCACACUGAUGCUGUGAUGCACACUUUACAUGUUGCUGCCAGUACGGCCGUUGGGAUAUUGGCUUGUGUCUUGGCCUUGCUGGUUCCAAUCCCUCGACUGGCCUCUCAGGAGGUGAAACACAACUGCGAGCUCCUCGUAGAGAACGAUUCAGAGAGGCUAAAGCUCCUUGUGAAGGCAUUUUGUGCAGAGGACAACACAUCCGCACGUGCAUCCAUCUAUCAAGCAAAGUUAGUGGCUUCUUCCGGAAACAAAUUUCUGCAAGGUGUCAAAAAGUACCAAGAAAGCAUGCAGUGGGAGAGACUUCCAUUGAAGUUUCUGAAGCAGUCCCGGUACACGAACUCGAAAAACAGAAUGCAAGAUGUAGAAAUACCUCUAAGGGGUAUGGAGAUGGCUUUGAACAAUAACCACACAUUUCCGGUUACAAUGAUAGAUGAGGAGCUCAAAGAUGGACUAGUAAGGCUAGAGAAGAACAUGAACGUGGGCACAAUCUUUCCCUGUGAUUCAUCGACUACGGUUCCUGAAUCAUUGGCUGAAGAUAUGAAAUUCCCUCAAACACUUAAAACUAGGCCACUAACUCAUCGGGAUUUACCUCCAUUUUUCUUCCUUUUCUGUACCAAAGUCUUGCAAAGUAAAUUACUAUCCACCAAAGCAUCUUGUACUAGUGUACAGGAUAAUUUGAUCCCCAAUAAUGGAAAACUAAUUGAUUUUUCUAAGCACAAUAGCACUUCCAAAUCAUCAAUAUGGUCUGCUUUGGGCUUGAAAGUGAAAAGCCAAAGGCUUAUGCCGGCGUUCAAAUGCUCUCUUUCUGUUGGGUUUGCAGUGCUAUUUGGGUCAUUAUACAGCAGAGAAAAUGGUUAUUGGGCAGGACUACCUGUUGCUAUAAGCCUUGCAGCAUCAAGAGAAGCAACAUUCAGAGUAGCAAAUGUUAAAGCACAUGGAACGGUCUUAGGAACCGUUUAUGGAGUUCUAGGUUGUUUCGUUUUUGAAAGGUUUUUUCCUAUAAGAUUCCUAUCUCUUCUUCCUUGGUUCGUCUUCACGAGUUUUCUUCAGCGUAGCCGGUUGUAUGGUCAGGCUGGUGCUAUCUCUGCUGUCAUUGGAGCUAUAUUGAUCUUGGGGAGAAAGAACUUUGGCCCUCCAAGUGAAUUCGCCAUAGUUCGAAUUGUCGAAACCUUUAUUGGAUUAUCUUGUUCAAUUGUGGUGGAUCUUGCUCUUCAGCCUACAAGAUCUUCUACUCUUGCAAAGAUUCAACUCUCUAAAUGCCUUGAGACAUUGCAGGAUUGCAUUGACUCGGUGAGUCUUCAGGCUAGCAAAGAUUGCUUGGGAGAGAAGCAGAAAAAGCUGCGAGAGUGUGUUAAUGAGCUCAGCAAGUUCAUUGGAGAAGCUGAGGUGGAACCCAACUUUUGGUUUUUGCCUUUUAAUAGUGCUUGCUAUGGUAAGCUCUUCAAGUCAUUGUCAAAGAUAGUGGAUCUACUGCUUUUUAGUGGUUAUGCUGUGGAGCUUCUUCAAGAGGACUCGCAAGCUUCUCGGAAGAAAAUUGCGCAUUUAGUGGAUGCUGAUCUUGAACAUUUCAAGGAAGUGGUUAGUCCUUCAAUAAAGUGUUUUCGAGAGGUUGUUGCAAUAAAAUCAGUGAGUUUUCUUGAGAAGGAGCUUGGAAAGAGAAAAAUAUCCUACGAUGUUGAAUUGGGAAAAUCAAGUAAGACAAAUGGUUUGGCUAAUAAGGAAGGGAUUGACAAGGUUGUGAAUUCUUUUCUUGAGAAUUCACAAGGAGUUGUCGAUAAAAUCCAUGGUGUUGAGGAUGAAGAGGAGCUUAAAAGCCAGAUGGUUUUAAGCUUAAGUGCUCUUGGAUUUUGCAUGAGUAGUUUAAUAACAGAAACAAGAGAGAUUGAAGAGGGUAUCAAAGAACUUGUUCAGUGGGAAAAUCCUUCAGUUCAGGUUAAUUUGUAUGAAAUCUCAUCUAUGAUACAUGCCUUGCACAAUAACUAAGAUGGUAUUUAAUUACCUAUUUUCCCAAACAAAAAAAA